ACAUUUUCAAUGGCAACGCAUGCAGCCUCAUUGACACUUAGUAUGGUAGUUUAUGGCAAACCAAUAAUCGUGAAUCAGAUACGUUUUCAUUCGGCGAAUGGUAAGUUUUGUGCACUUUUUUUUUUGUAACGCAACCGCACUCGCUGAGUAUGCAAGACAUUGGUGUUUGAUUCGAGGACAACUCGCGGGAAAUCGUCUAAUCUCAGCGACAAAUGCGUUCUCGCCCAGUUUUCUUCUUCAUUUAAGUAAAAAGUCAUUCACGGUUUGUAUAUGUGCCAUGCCGACAUGCUAACAAUAGCAAGUUUAGCUUUGCCACCCGCUAAUCGCGCAAACACACGCACCCUACACACACGCACACGAGCCACUUUCCAAUAGUUACUUGGAAAGUGGAAAGCUUUUUUUCCCCGGGACGCACAGUGAAUAUCUCAUCCUAGGCGUCUAGUUCCCACCGACUUGUUGAGUUUUCUCAUUGGGAACAACUGAUUUGAGUGAAGUGUGGCUGUUAGCAUCGUUAGCUAAUUGUGUUGAAGCUUUCAGGAGACACGAGGUGGCUCGAGCGUAGAGGUGAGUCACUGGCCGACUCAAUGAGCCAAUCUCCCAGGGAGCUUCCCGGCGGAGAAAACACCCUUGAAAAGCACCAAACUCAUUUUCAUGAGCACGCUCGUGUGGAAAUGUGUGAAUUAAAAUCUAGUUUAUAUCAAAUAGACGUUUGUGUUUGACAAGGAUAUUGUGAAACGCCCGUAGUAGUCGCUAGUUUUAUAGGACGGUAGGGACAGAGAGGAGGGGGAAUUGUGAGGCCAGGCGGUCACCUACAUUAUCCGCGUCGUGUGCGUUGUUUUGGCUCACGUUUGAGUCAUUUAAAUGCUGUAAACAGUGCGUGAAACGUAAAUUUAAGUGGUUUUAAUCGCUGAAGUGUGGAGCAAAGAGUUGUGGGACUUGAAUAAAACCCCCAAACGGGGCUCGUUCUCUGUUCGGAACGACGUGCGAAACGCCACUGAUAGGCUAAUUAGCCUCGCUAGCCGCUGGAGCUAAGCCCAGUGCUAGGACGCAGAAGUUCUGCUAGCGUGUUAGCCAGCCUUCAUCUUCAUUGUGUACUUAUUAGCCCCCGAGCUAGUUAGUAACCCGCUCGGGGCGCGUAUCAGAUGAUGCUUCGCUUUUGGGCAACGAAACUUUUACGGUCUUCGCAUUUAUGUUUGGUGACAGCUGGGCUUCAAUGCCAAACUAUGCACGUGUUGGUGUGAACUUUGCCAGAAAGGAACUGGAGAACCCCAACAUGGACUGAAAUGGUUGCGCAAGGAACCAAUAAAAAUAACCAUGGAAUAGCAAGGUGGCAGCCAGCAGCAUAGGUCUUUCCUGCACAAGACACCUCCCAUCUGUGGGCCCCCCACCCAGCCAUGGCGGACCCAGGGAUGUUGAGUUUAUUUGCGGACGAUGCAGGGCUGUUCUCAGAUGGAUUAGAUGGUAUAGGAGACUGUUUUCCUCAGCAGCCUACUCCAGGCCAAUCCAACACUCUACCCAGGCAGACUAAUCCCCCUCUCAACCACGAACACCAGGGAAACAGGGGUUACCACCAGGGCAUGCUCCUUGGUAGUGGGCCAGCACAACCUAAAUUAGGCCAAAUCUAUGACCACAGCACCUAUGCAGGCUAUGACCAGGCCGGCGCUCCUGCAGGAAGAAUGAUGUCUCAGAAUGGUCCGAGCCAGGGGCCACCAAAUGUCAAUGCAACAAUGAAUGGCAUGGCUUCUCAUUAUCAUAAUAACCCAUCCAACUCAAAUAACUCCCAUCAUGGUUACCAAGGUGAUGCUGGGGCUGGAGCAAGUGGAGCUGGUGUUUGGGGCCAACCGCAUCAAAGUAGAUCACCAUAUCAUCAAGCAGCAGCACAACCAGGGAGUGGACCCAACCAGAUGGGAGCUUUCCAAAUGUCUCAAGGCAACUACGGUGGGAUGCAAGGACAACCCACAUCCAACCCAGCUCGAAUAAACCAACAUUACCCAACACAGAACAUGGCUCACACACCUACUCAAGACCCCUCUCACUACAUGGGACAUGUUGGAAUGGUGGGCGGUCAAAUGAGACACCCACAGCCACAAAGUCAAGGCUAUUCCAAUUUGAACCACACAACUACAUUUCCACAUUCUCCUUCGCGACAACCUCCACACCCUCAUCAACAUCAGCAAAGCAUUGGUGGGUUUGGGGGUGGCCAGUACCCUGGCUAUCAAGCCCAGUAUGGUGCCAUGGGUUCUGGAAUUGGCCAGGGUGCCAAUGCUACUGUGGGUAGUAAUGCCAGCCCAGCUAUGGGACCUGUACAGCUUGGCCAAAGGUUUAAUCAGGGAUCCGGCACAGCUUCUGGGCAAUCUGGGCAGCGAUACCCCUCUGGACCAUCCCACCAGACACAUUCUGUCCCAAUGCAGCCACAGCCGGCAGGGCAACAAGGCCCGCCUAUGCACCCCCUUAGCCACUCCCAGCCUCCAAAUCAAGCCCAAUCCCACCUUGCUCCCCCAGCUCAGGGAUCCUACCCCUCUCCUUCAUCAAUGUCCCCCAUGCGGGUUCUGGGAACCCCAACGCCUCCACCCCAACAGGUCAGGCCCCCCAGUGCAGGACUAGCUGUUCCCACAGAGGUUACUGGAUACACAACUCUGCAGCCUACACCUAAUUCUAUUGCACAUCCUCAGAGACCUCCGCAAACAUCGUUGUCUGCACCCCACCAACACCAGCAGACCCACAGUGUACCUCCCAAUGUAGGGCAGAUGUACCCCAACAUGGGACCACAUCGUGGUCCCCAACUUGGUCCAAAUCGCCCCUCACUCCAGCCACAAGGGCCUCAUGAGUCACCAGUCAGCAAAGUGGGAGAACAGCAUAUCCUCCAUUCCCAGCAACAAGCCCCUCGAAGCGGCCAGCCCAUGCAGCCUUCUGCUGUCGGUUUCCAGGGUCCGUCUGUCAAUCAGCAUGGAGCCCUUCCCAUGAACCAUGGUUUAAUGCCACCUACCCAAAAUAUUCAGACGCCGCACACUCACCUGUCCUCCCAUCCACUACACAGCACACCCCCUCCCCACAACCAGGCCUCCCACCAUUGGGCAGCACCGCCUUCUGCCUCACACCCACUCUCCUCACCCCCGACUACCCCUCAGAAAGUGCCUAAUAUUCAGCAUUCCCCAAUGGACCCAUCUGCCGAUGCCUCAAUGAUGGUUCCUGAUAGACCGACUAGUAGCACUGAUGAUGUUAGUCAGGCUGUCUGCACCGGGCAGCCCGGUGAUCAGGAGAUUAAGCCAAAAAAGAAGAAGAAGAAGAAAACAAAAGUAGAAGAUGGAGUAGAUGAAGGAAAGAAAAGCAUGACAAAAGGAGGGGAAGAUGUCAUGUCAGAAUUUACUUCAACAGGGUGUGAGCAGGGUGUUGGCAUGGGAAUUGGAGAUGGAAGCUCCCUACCUGUUGAGAAGAAAAAACGGAAAAAGAAACCAAAGGAUAAGGCAGAGGGGACUGAGGCCAAAGAGCCUAAGACCCCCAAGACGCCGAAAACACCCAAGACCCCCAAAACUCCCAAAGAACCGAAGGAGAAGAAAGUCAAGAAUUCCACGCCCAAGGCCAAGAUGCCCAAAAAGUCCAGCAGUAAGAAAGCAGAGUCCGAAGAUGGCGCCAUCGCUACCAAGAAGGACUCCAAGAAGAAACGGGAUUUGUCAGCCUGUGAAAAUGUGGAGGUGAAGUCUCCGCCUUCCUCACCUAUUGAGGAGGAGGAUGAAGAUGGUGUGCAGAAGCGACGCUCCAGCCGUCAAGUGAAGAGGAAGCGGUAUACAGAAGACCUGGAGUUCCGAAUAUCGGAUGAUGAUGACAGUGGAGACGAUUCACCGGCACCGAAGUCCCCAUCGUCAACAACCCAGCUGCAGGACGUGGCGGAAGCUGAUGGGCCAGUUGUGGAGAAGAUAAUGGGUGUGCGUACCUCCAAGAAACAGCUGGAGUCACACGAGGAGGUGGAGGUUGAGGAGUUCUAUGUCAAGUUCAAGGGCUUUUCGUACCUCCACUGUCGUUGGGCAGAGUUAGAAGAACUGGAGAAAGACAAGCGAAUACAGCAAAAGGUCAAGCGAUUUAAGGCCAAGCAACUUCUCAACACCUUUAUCAAUGAGAUGGAUGAUGAGCCUUUCAACCCAGACUAUGUGGAGGUGGACCGCGUCUUGGACAUUUCAGAAAGCAUGGAUGAAAACGGGGAGCUGGUGACCUUAUAUUUGGUGAAAUGGUGCAGUCUACCAUAUGAAGACUCCACCUGGGAACUAAAGGCAGAUAUUGACCAGUCAAAGAUAGAGGAAUAUGAACGUAUCGCUGCACGCACACCCAACACUAACAAAGUGGAUCGGCCUUCAGCUACUGAAUGGAAAAAGUUGGAAGGUUCAAGAGAAUACAGGAACGGCAACGCACUCAGGGAAUACCAACUAGAAGGCCUCAACUGGCUCACCUUCAACUGGUACAACUCACGAAACUGUAUAUUGGCUGAUGAGAUGGGUCUCGGAAAAACUAUCCAGUCCAUUACAUUCCUCUACGAAAUUUACAUGAAGGGCAUUCAGGGGCCGUUCUUGGUUAUUGCCCCACUCUCUACAAUUCCUAACUGGGAAAGAGAGUUCAGGACUUGGACUGAGCUUAAUGCUGUGGUCUAUCAUGGCAGCCAAGCUAGCCGCAGAACCAUCCAGGCCUAUGAGAUGUACUUUCGAGAUACACAGGGUAAAAUAAUAAAGGGAGCUUAUCGGUUCGACGCUGUGAUAACCACCUUUGAGAUGAUUCUGGCCGACUGUCCAGAGCUUCGCGGGAUCCCUUGGCGCUGUGUCGUAAUAGACGAAGCCCACCGCUUGAAAAACCGUAACUGCAAACUACUGGAAGGACUCAAGAUGAUGGACAUGGAACACAAAGUUCUGUUAACAGGGACUCCUCUUCAAAACACAGUGGAGGAGCUGUUUAGCUUGCUCAACUUUCUAGAGCCAGAACGUUUCCCAUCAGAACAAACUUUCAUGACUGAAUUUGGAGACCUUAAGACCGAAGAACAGGUUCAGAAUCUGCAGGGCAUUCUGAAACCCAUGAUGUUGAGAAGACUAAAGGAGGAUGUUGAAAAGAACCUAGCCCCUAAGGAGGAGACGAUCAUUGAGGUGGAGCUCACAAACAUCCAGAAGAAAUACUAUCGAGCCAUUCUGGAGAAGAACUUCUCCUUCUUGUCAAAAGGGGGUGGAGGGGGAGGAGGAGGUGGUGGUGGUGGGGGUGGAGGAGGGGGAGGUGUCCCCAACCUCCUCAACACCAUGAUGGAGCUAAGGAAGUGCUGUAACCAUCCCUAUCUCAUUAACGGCGCAGAAGAGAAGAUCAUUGAGGAAUUUCGGGACUCCCACAGUGGAAUGGACAUGCCAGACAUGCCCCUGCAAGCAAUGGUCCAUGCUGCUGGAAAGCUGGUGCUCAUUGACAAGCUACUGCCUAAACUGAAGGCGGGCGGUCACAGAGUCCUGGUUUUCAGUCAGAUGGUCCGUUGCCUGGACAUUUUGGAAGACUAUCUCAUCCAGAAACGUUACCCCUAUGAGCGCAUUGAUGGCAGAGUUCGUGGCAAUCUGCGACAGGCAGCCAUAGACCGCUUCUCUAGACCAGAUUCUGACAGAUUUGUUUUCCUGCUGUGCACGAGAGCUGGCGGACUUGGCAUUAACCUGACAGCAGCAGAUACUUGCAUUAUCUUUGAUUCUGACUGGAACCCACAGAAUGACCUGCAGGCCCAGGCAAGAUGCCAUCGUAUCGGCCAGUCCAAAGCUGUCAAAAUAUACCGUUUAAUCACAAGAAACAGUUAUGAGAGGGAAAUGUUUGAUAAAGCCAGUCUGAAGCUUGGUCUUGACAAGGCUGUCCUCCAGAGCAUGAGUGGGCGUGAGAAUGCCAAUAGUGGGGUUCAGCAAUUGUCCAAGAAAGAGAUUGAAGACUUACUGAGGAAGGGAGCUUAUGGUGCACUCAUGGAUGAGGAGGAUGAAGGCUCCAAAUUCUGUGAAGAAGACAUUGACCAGAUCCUUCAGAGGCGCACGCACACCAUAACCAUAGAGUCUGAGGGCAAAGGGUCUACCUUCGCCAAGGCCAGUUUUGUUGCACCAGGCAACAGAACAGACAUUUCUCUGGAGGAUCCUGACUUCUGGCAGAAAUGGGCCAAGAAAGCAGAACUAGACCUGGAUGCCAUCAAUGGACGGAACACACUGGUGAUAGACACACCAAGAGUAAGAAAGCAGACACGUCACUAUAGCAGUGUGAAAGAGGAUGAGAUGAUGGAGUUCUCGGAACUGGAGAGUGAAGAUGAAGAACCUAGCAGACCUGUCUCCAAACCACGGCGGCCCCAAGACAAAAUCCAGGGCUACCCUCGAUCUGAGUGCUUCCGAGUGGAGAAGAACCUUCUAGUCUACGGUUGGGGUAGAUGGACUGACAUCCUGGCUCAUGGCCGCUUCAAGCGACCCCUGAAGGAGGCUGAUGUGGAGACAAUCUGCCGAGCUCUCCUAGCAUACUGCCUGAUGCAUUACCGUGGCGAUGAGAACAUCAAAAGCUUUAUAUGGGACCUGAUCACUCCAAGCGAAGAUGGAACAACUAAGACAUUGACCAAUCACUCAGGUCUAUCAACACCAGUACCUCGAGGCAGAAAGGGCAAAAAAGGGAAACCCACUGGUCCAUUGCCGCAGACACCAAGAGCAGCUUGGCUUGCAAGUUGUAAUCCUGAUCAUUUACUGCAAGAGGAUAGCUACAAGAGACACUUGAAGCAUCACUGUAACAAGGUGUUGCUGAGGGUGAGAAUGCUGUAUUAUUUGAGACAGGAGGUCAUCGGAGAUCAAGCUGAACGCAUUCUGGAUGGAGCAGAGUCCAGUGAGUUGGAUAUCUGGAUCCCCCAACCAUUCCACGCGGAGGUCCCCACAGACUGGUGGGACACGGAGUCAGACAAAUCCUUGCUAUUAGGUGUCUUCAAACAUGGCUAUGAAAAGUAUAACUCCAUGCGAGCUGACCCCACCCUGUGUUUUUUGGAGAGGGUGGGUAUGCCCGAUGCCAAGGCUAUUGCCGCCGAGCAGAGGGGCAAUGAUAUGAUGGCAGAUGGCGCCGAAGGUGAGGAUGAAGAUCCAGAAUACAAGCCACUCCGGAUGACUUUUAAGGAUGAAAUGGAUGAUUUCACCAAUUCUCCUCUAGAUGACAUUGGGGAAGGAGAAGCAGAAGGUAAAUCUGAUGAAAACGGUCAAGGUGUGCCUUCCACGGGCGGUGCCUCAGGUUCCAACGAGCGACUCUAUUGGCCGGCCGCUUCAGCUCUGACAGCCCGUCUGCGCCGCCUCAUUACUGCCUACCAGCGUUCCAAUCGAAGAGAGCAGCUCCGUCAGGAGGCCCUCAAUAGACCCGACGGGCGCAGAAGGCGACGCCGGGACUUCCUGCCGACCAUUGCAAUGGUUACAGAGGCAACGGGAGGAGCGGCAGCAUAUUUGCAAGAUCCGACAACGGUCUUCAUGGCUGAAGGAACUCCGUACUUAACUAAAGGAAAUGCGUAUUUUGCUAAAGGUGGACAAUUUAUAACUGAUGAGUCACCGGUGUUGACCACAAGUGCCCUGUUGACUGAUGGAGCGAUGUACUACAAGGAAAGACGUCAAAGAUGGACUCGUCGUGAGGAGGCGGACUUUUACAGAGUUGUGUCCACAUUUGGAGUUGUCUUUGACAUCCAGCGUCAGAAAUUUGACUGGACACAAUUUCGAGCGUUUGCCCGUUUGGACAAAAAGACCGACGAAAGCCUGGAGAAAUAUUACUAUUCGUUCAUUGCAAUGUGCAAACGUGUCUGUCGUAUGCAGGUCAAAACUGACACAGCAGAACUGCCCGACCCAACACUGAUCAUCGACCCCAUCACAGAGGAACGUGCUUCCCGCACUCUGUAUCGUAUCGAAUUGCUUCGGCGCAUCAGAGAACAGGUUCUCCCUCAUCCGCUGCUCCCUGAACGCCUCAAACUCUGUCAGCCUUCGCAAGAUCUCCCAGAGUGGUGGGAGUGUGGCCGCCAUGACAGGGACCUCCUUAUUGGCGCCUCAAAGCACGGUGUGAGUCGAACAGAUUAUCACAUCCAAAAUGAUCCUACCUUGUCUUUUCUGGAGGCACAUCAACGCAUCACGAGUCAGCGAGGGACCAUUGUCAGCAUGGGAGAACUGUGCAAAAGUGGCAUAGGAGCAGUGGAGAGCAGCCCUUUGGCUCUGCUCACACCUGCAGAACUGGCCGCGGUCGCAGCUUCUGCCGAAAUGGCUAUCGCGAAAGCAGAAGCACAGGAAAUCCUGGUGAAAACUGAGCAAGAUGAUGUCAAGACUGAAAUUAAAACAGAGGCUGAAGACGAGGACGCCAGUGUAAAGACUGGAACUCCUGAAAAAAUGGAGGAAAAUGCAGUCGACGUUAAAAAUGAGAAAGAAACAUCAGAUUCACCCGUGUCUGAUGUUAAAGAUAAUGUGAUUCAACCGGUAGCAGAAAAAGAAACGAGCGGAGAAACGAAAGUGAACACCGACAACGUUUCCCAAUUGACUGAAGAAGGCAAAGAAUUGACUGACGAGAAGGCAAGCGUGGCUCCUGUUGACACCGCCGACGACCAGAUGACAUUGAAGGCUCCGGAAAAUCCUGAAGCGCAAACAGGCCAAAAUCUUGCAGAGGAAGAAGACCGAGUGGAAAGGGAGGACUGCAAGUCUCUGAAGUCACCUGAUGCAGAGAAAAGCCUGGAAGAGGAAGAGGAGGAUAGGAUGGAUGAAGAUGACAAAUCAGAGAAAUCUUCGCAGGCUGAAGCGAGCGCCGUGUCUGAGCAGAAGAACUUUGACGAGGAGAGCAUUGCAUCUUUGAGCACGUCCGCUCGAGAUGAAACCAGAGAUGGCUUUUGCCCUGAUGACCUGCCAGAAACGUCUGCUUUGCAGGCCUUACAAGACAGAACGUAUGCCUUCACACUCUGGCCUAAGGAUCGAGUGAUGAUUAACAGGAUGGACAACAUCUGUGAGGCUGUCCUGAAGGGCAAGUGGCCGAUCAACAGGCGCCACAUUUUUGACUUUCCUAGCAACCUGUUGCCAGGUCAUGGGUCCGCAGUCAGCACUGCGUCAGUAGCCACGGCAAGUGAGAGCCCUCUGCACAGGCGAAGUCUGGGUGAGCUAACUGUGAGCGGGAUCCACACCUCUUACAGUGGGAUCGAGGAUAAAACGCUUUCACCACAGGUUCAUGACGAUCCUCUGGGCCUGACAGUACCUCGUCAGAGGAGGAGGAGAAGGAGGAAGAUUGAGAUUGAAGCAGAAAGAGCGGCCAAGAGGCGCAACCUGAUGGAGAUGGUUGCUCAACUGAGGGAGAGCCAUGCUUCCCUCGAGUCCCAAAAUCAAGCUAUUGAUCUCACAAAGGGUAUGCACCAUCAACACAAGAGCACUCCGUCGUUGGCCGGCUUCCCCAGCGCUCUGGUAACAAACCCCUCCCUCAAGGCCCAAAUGGAGCUGCUGCAACAAGCCCCGCCCUCCGGUCACAGAGCCAACGGUUCGCUGGAAGCUGACCUGCCGAUGAUGAGGAGGAGGCGGGGACGAAGGAAAAAUGUAGAGGGCUUAGAGCUGCUGUUUAUGGGCAACAAAAGAGUCGGAGGGGAUGAUGGUGAUGGGAACAAGGUGUCAGGGGGGGAAGGCGCUCAGGAUACCGCCCAUGCCCACAGACCCCUCGCAGUAUCGGAGCAGAGCCCCAGUGGAAUAUCUCUUGCCUCUGGUAGUAUGGAGGAGGAAGAGGCGACAGUUUCCAACAAAGAACUUGGAGAGUGGCUGAGGCAGCACCCCACGUUCACCAUGGACAUGUCUGGAUUUACACCAAAGAACGAAGAGUUACUGCUGUCUCAAUUCUCAAAGCCCAAGCAAAAGCGUCAUCGCUGCCGAAACCCCAACAAGAUAGACAUCAACACCCUCACAGGAGACGAGAGGGUGCCUGUGGUCAACAGAAGGAAUGGACGCAAGAUGGGCGGGGCAAUGGCUCCCCCAAUGAAGGAACUUCCUAGAUGGUUACUGGAGAACCCGGAGUUUUCAAUUGCACCUGAUUGGACAGAUAUUGUCAAACAGUCGGGUUUUCUCCCAGAAGCCAUGUUUGACCGGUUGUUGACGGGUCCUGUCAUUAGGGAAGAGGGGGUCCGUCGUCGGGGGCGACGGCCCAAAUCGGAGAUCGCCAAAGCGGCCGCCGCAGCUCAGGCGGCAGCUGCGGCUCAGGCCGCUCAGGCUUCGUUGGCCACCGCUGCUUCGUCGGCCGGAGGCAUCAAUCCUUUGCUGCUGAACAGUCUGUUUGGAGGGAUGGAUCUGUCGUCGCUGCAGAGCCUCCAGUCCCUCCAGUUGGCGGCGGGUCUCAUGGCUUUCCCGACCGCCAGCGAUCCCAAGCAGGCGGCCGCCAACGCCGCAGCCGCCUCCAUGCUCCCCCUCAUGCUACCCGGCAUGGGGGGCUUGCCCAACAUGGCCGCAGCCAUCCCCAACAUGUUCACCCUCGGUGGGCUGUUCGGCGGAAACUUGGCGACGGCUGCCACCGCCGACUCCACGACAGCCUCUGGCUCCGGGAACACCAACGGUACCGCGGAGGCGGACGGGGGAGAAGGCGAGGAAGCCGCGGCGACUAAGAGGAAAAGAACGGAAGAAGAUGUUGAGGAGGCUGGAGAAAAGGAGGAUGAGGAGGGGGAAGCUGAUGGGAAUGAAUGUGAAAACGCCACUAAGAAGAUGAAGCUCGACAAGGAGGAUGAAGAAGAUGGAGAGAAGACAGAGAAACCCCAAAGCAAUCGGAGCGCAGGUCCACAGAUGCCGACGACUACGCCGGCCGACUCUAUCAACGGCGAGGCCGCCGCCCUGCUGGCCGCCGCCGGCAUGUCUGCCAAUUCUCUGGCGUUCAACCCUUUCCUCCUCUCCACAAUGGCUCCCGGCCUCCUCUACCCCUCCGUGUUCCUCCCUCCUGGCCUCGGGGGUCUCGGCCUGCCCGGUUUUCCCGCCGCCGCCACUUUGGCCGAGCUUCAGAGUGCCAUGGGAACACCGGGGGGCGACGCCGCGGCCGCCAAGCCUUCCAGAGACGAGGAGGUCGAGGGGCCUAAAGCGGCGGACGAAGAGGAGGAGGCGGCGCGUGGGGUGGAGAGUGACUUGGCCGAGGAGAGCGCAGUUGCGAAGGAGAACAGAAGCGAAGCGGACGAAUCGCUCGUGGAGGACGGAGGGAUGAUCGAAGAAGGCGAGUAGACGGACGCACAGACUGAACUCAACCCAAACUGACAGCUGACGUGGACAUUUUCUCUCCUCCCAACUCCUCCUCGCCACCUUUACAAGCUUCCACCAACACAAAUCUUGUUUUUUUUUUUCUUUUUUUCCCAGGCGUAUUUCCUCCAUGCCCAAGAGGCACGAGACGUGUGUUAAGUUAAAUCUUUGAUUGUUAGCGUAGUCAAAGCUCACCUCAUGUUCAAAGACUAUUGGCCAGUUUGCAUCUCCACUUGGUCUUCACUAAGUUCCAGUAGUGCUAUUAUUAUUGUUAUUAUUAUUAUUGCUGCUGCUUUCAACUCUUCAACCUUGUUUUUCGUUCAACUUGUUGCUUCUAGGAAGGAGAAACGGAGCUUCUCCAACAUGAAUUGUGGGAGGUGGAGUUGAUGUAGUUUAUUCUUGUAGUUUUCCCAGGUGAGACUCGUAAGUAGGAUAAGCAGACCAACUUUACUAGCGCACACAUUCAAGCAACCAGCUUAGCACUACACUAAAUAGCUUCCUGUAACGUGGCAGGACCCGCCCCCUUCCUCCCUUCAGCUGACCUUCUACUGUUAAGCGCCUGUCCCACACUGUUUGAAUAGCAGUUUUGAGUCUUUCCACUGCCAGUCUCCAAAUCCUGUCUUCUCACUUGAAAGGGAGCUAGUUUUGUAGCACAGCCCAGGCAGACACCGAUUCGCGUGGGGGAGAAACUAGGAUUUGGAACCACACGGGGAUGUUUCAGGUUGAUUCUUUAAGGUGGACGUUUAUCUUUGGCCUGUCACGUCCUGCUGGUUUGAGACCAACCGCUGCUCCCCACUUAAGCAAGACUGUUGCUCUAGUCACACACUGACACCAGACCUGGCCAGAACAGGACUGAAACACGAUCUUCUAACGAUAUGAGGUCGACUCUGGGUUUCGAGUUGACAUUUGUGUUGUCUUUUAUUUUUAUUUUUAUUUUGAAUUCAUUUUGAAUACUUGAAAAGCAACAGCGGUGCUUGAUGAAUUUCGAUUUUGUUAAAUGUCUCGGGAUUAAUCGAGCGCCACGCUUGCUUCAAAUAUUUGAAAGAUCCGAUCUUAACUCAUUGGCUGCCAUCGACGGCGAUAGCCAUUUGGGGCAGAUUGGACAUCUACUAGUGACCAACUAAUUCACAACAGAAUGAUGAAAGGGUUCACAUGAUCGGACGGCUAUCGUGGUCAAUGGCGCUAAAAAAACAUUCACUAUCACAGCCAGCCCAGCACACGCAUAUAAUCACACCUUGUCACAUCUGUGAUGCUGAGACAGCAAUAACUAUGGCAGCUUUUGAAUGUUCCAACAUAACUCGCCCAACACGCAGACUCUAUGAAUUAAAACCACAAGUGUCGAAUUAAUAAAUUUACAACAACAACAAAAACUAAAACUGUAACUGAUGACAAGUACUGCAAUCAAUUUUGUCUCACUAUGUUCCUGUUGAUGCACUGGUGUUAAAGAGUUCAAGUAAUCAGGUACCUUUAUUACUUAGCUACUUUUUUCUUGAAAUAAAUGGACUUGUUGUUACUUUUAGCCAGCAAGCUGAAGAGCAUUACCUCAAAAUUCUUAUCUAGCCUUGAAGUUUACAGACUUACAAUGUAAAUGUUUUUUUUCUCCUUGUUUUUUUUUUUUUUCUUUUUGGGUGUGUGUCUUUGUUUUUUUGGAGACAUCAUGUAUUGAUGAAUUGUAGCUAUGAUGCUUUUAAUAAAAGUGAAUCAUGAUAUUCGCCUAGGAAACCAAACCCAAACUUGUUUCGGUCUGUGUUCUUGCACAAUUUUUGGAUUAUGACUAAUGCUGCAACGAUUAAUCGAUUAACUCGAUUAGAAAAAAGUUUCUGAUCAAAUUUUGCUGCCUCGAGGAUUCUUUUAAUUAAAGUGGCAUAGUAAUGGUUUGUUUUGAAAGUGCAGUUUUGUUGAUUUGGGUGGAUACACUGCCCUCUAGUGGCAACAAUGAAUAUGACAACUCAUUUAACGCGGCUGAAUACAGCUACUCCUUGUUAAGACUAACAUAAGAUAAGUUUUUGUUUUUUUAAUGCAUUCAUAAUUUAGCUUAUUGGUAUAUUUGGCCAUUUUUUGUGGGAAUAUGUUUGAACCAUUUGCCAAGAGCAUUGGGGACAGAACAGCAUUUUAUAGCAUUUAAGCUAGCGGACCUUUGCUAUUUAAGUUAGCCAAUUGUUCUGUUGUUGUACUUAGAUCCUCAUUCUUUUUUUUUUUAAACACCCGUUUGAGCUCAGCUCAGGUAUUUUAAUUUUUUGUUUUUCUUUACCCGAUUACUCAAUUAUUUGAACUAAGUAGUUCAUCGAUUAAUCGACAACUAAAAUAAUCAAUGGCUGCAGCACUAAACUUGGAUUUCUUUUUGAUGACAUGUCUGUACUUUCGGUUUUUGGAAAAUACUUUUCCCAUAAAUGUGAUUUUAAUCUGUUUUUGCCACCUUUAUGGUACAUUUUUUGACUGGGACUUCUAGUGACUUACAGUAAUAGACAUAUGGGUGCUGUAUGGUUAUAUAAAAAUUUUUAAAUCGUAUCGUAAUCUUAAAAUUAUUAUUCAUUCAUAUUUGGCAGUCUUGUUAAAAAUAUUUCGUUAUCCUGGAUGACGAUCUGCUCAAAUUUUACCUACUG